GCCAUUGAUUGCCUGGCUAAUUGUGAGGUAGAAAUUAAUACUCAUAAGUUUUUUAAAGGUUAUACUGAGGGAAGAACAUAUCAAAAUCUCUGGCCAGAGAUGCUCAAGCUAAAAGACUGGCCCCCCUCUGAUAAAUUUGAAAAUCUUUUGCCUCGCCAUUGUGAUGAGUUUAUUCGUUCCUUGCCAUUUCAAGAGUACACUGAUCCUGGGGCUGGAAUUGUCAAUCUUGCUGUAAAGUUGCCAGCCCAUGUCCUAAAACCUGACAUGGGUCCAAAAACAUACAUUGCUUAUGGGAUUAAAGAAGAACUUGGUAGAGGAGACUCUGUAACAAAACUUCACUGUGAUAUGUCAGAUGCGGUGAAUAUUUUGACCCAUACGGCCGAGGUGAUAUUAAGUGAUGAGCAGCUCUCUAUUAUUUCAAAGUUGAAAGAAGCACACAAGGCACAAGAUGAGAAAGAACAUUGUGCACAAGAGAGGAUUGGUGAAUGCCUGAAUGGUGGACCUUGCAAUAACAACAAAGAACAUAUAAAAGAUAAGGAAGUCUUAGAACCUAAAGAUAUGGAGAAGCGCCCUUUUGAAAUUAAUGGGAAGAUAUUUCAAAAUGAUGUGUCUGAGGGGGUCAUUUUUGCUGCUAUUUCUCCAGAAAAUGAACCAACGGAAACAGGUGGUGCCCUAUGGGAUAUCUUUAGGAGAGAUGAUAUUGAAAAGUUAGAAACAUAUUUAAGAAAACACUCAAAAGAAUUUAGACAUACUUAUUGUUCUCCGGUUGAACAGGUUGUUCAUCCAAUUCAUGACCAAUGUUUUUAUUUGACUUUGGAGCACAAGAAGAAGCUGAAGGAGGAGUUUGGUGUAGAACCCUGGACUUUUGAGCAGAAACUUGGGGAGGCUGUAUUUAUUCCUGCUGGAUGCCCACAUCAAGUGAGGAACCUCAAGUCAUGCAUAAAAGUUGCUGUAGACUUCGUGUCCCCAGAAAAUGUUCAUGAGUGUCUGCGUUUAACUAAUGAGUUCCGUCAGCUUCCCAAGAACCACAAGGCUAGAGAAGAUAAACUUGAGAUAAAGAAGAUGAUAGUAUAUGCCGUUGAUCAAGCUGUCAAAGACCUUCAAGCUUUUCUGGUGGCUGAUACUAUCAGUUGCUGUGAAUAGUUACAAUAUGCAGAUGGAAAAUUUUGUUAAGUCUAGAGCGUCUGAUUGGAGUAUUUAAUUGCACUCGCAAUGGAGUGAUUCUUUUCUCAUUCUUUUUGUAAUAAUAGAGUGGUUGGAUUUGCAUUUUAUAAGACAAUUUUGGUAAUAAUAGAGUUAUUACUUUAGUUACAUUUACAUUUUAGCUAACAAUUUCUCAAAGUUAUUUAACACAUGUACAGCCUUAAUUCUUUAAUUUAUUUAUACAAUGUAAUUAAAUA